AUGGAAUUAGAGACAGACAACCAGCUUCCCUUCCUAGAUGUCCCAGUCCAAAGAGAUGGCAAUAGGCUCAACACCAGCGUCUACCGCAAACCAACACAUAAGGACCAGUACCUCCAUUUCCCCCAGUCACCCUUUCCAAGUCAAGAGAGGGAUAAUUUCAACCCUGACCAGACGAGCCAAGAACAUCUGCUCCACAACCGCAUCACUAGACACCGAACCAUCAACAACACCCUCAACCCUGACACUAAACCUCCCCGACAGCAAGCAGCCCCCUUCACCAUCAGCCUCCCUUUCAUUGGACCAACUAGCCAUCACAUCCGACGACUCCUCAAACAGCAAGCCACCAUUGAUGUCAUCUUCCAAAGAGGCAACACUACACAGAACCUCCUGCAGGCCACAGGCAGACCCACCCCGGCAAAGAUGCCAGAUCCCGCAGGUGUCGACUACCAGAUAGAUUGCGACUGCGGCGAAUCCUAUAUUGAUGAAACAUCAAGAGCAGUCACCAUUAGGAUCAAAGAACACCAGGCCACAGUAAGAAACAAAGACUCUAAAUCCGCGAUAACCGACCACCUUAAAGCCAACCCAAACCACAACAUUAGUUGGAACACCACCAAAGUCAUCGAGAGGGAACCAGCCUGA